CAUAUUUUGGUUAAUUUCACCUGUAACAAUACUUUUCUAUCACAAACACAACAAUUUCCCUGUUCCAGAACUCUCUCCGCCGGCCGCCGCUGCCAGUGCCGUUACCUUCCAUUCUCCACCGCCAUCGCUGCUGUUACUGGUGCUGUAUUUUUUCGGUGUCUGCUGCAAUCCAUACAUUUAGAUAGACAGAGAUGGUUAUUAAACCACCAGUUAAGUGGCCACCUAGAGUCACAGAGUUUCUAAAACCCUAUAUCCUCAGAAUGCACUUCACAAACAAAUUUGUUAGUGCCCAAGUAAUUCACACACCAACUGCAACAGUAGCAUGUACAGCAAGCUCGCAAGAGAAGGCUCUGCGGCCGACCAUGGAAAACACUCGGGAUGUAGCAGCUGCAGCCAAAAUUGGGAAAAUAUUGGGAGAGCGCCUGCUGCUCAAGGAUAUACCCGCCGUCUCUGUUUUCCUCAAGAGAGAACAAAAGUAUCAUGGCAAGGUGAAAGCUGUGGUCGACUCGGUAAGAGAAUGUGGUGUUAAAUUGCUUUGAUCUAGAAAAUAUCACUAUUUUUACUUGGUGAAACUAUAGUCCCUAAUUGUUCUACUUUUUCUGAGUUACACAUCAAAUGCUUUUCUGAUAAUGUCAAAUUUGAAACACUGAAUUACAGAGGAGAAUAAUUUCGAAAACACUGGUUCAAUUCAAGCUAAGUAACCAUUUGAUUGA